AUGGCGUCUUCUCCUUACAGCAAAGAAAUCUCGUUGACCGGGACUUCAAGCUCCGGCCGGCUCUUGACCCCCAGCUCCUCGAGCAGCUCUGCGACCCAUGCCUCCGCCGCCGGCACGAACAACACGACGGCAACCGGAGCCCAGCAACCCUGGGUGCCGACCUACCCCCUGCAGCACUACCUCGCUCAGCCGGCGACACAUGACAGCGUGCCGUACGGGCGCCUGGCCGGCCGCACUGGGUGGGGCGCCGCCGAUCCCGAGAGCCGCAUCGCCUUUUACACGGCAUGCGCGGAGCGGGCCAUCGACCGUUAUGACCUCCGUUUCGGCAGCCCGUGA